AUGGCAGUGGAGCUUCAGAACCCUCUGCAGGCUCAGGGGUGCUCAGACAAGCCGCUACCUCAGAGCGCCCCGGGAGGGAUCAUCGGGAUCGUGGGAGGCGUCGUGGCCGCCGUCUUCAUCAUCGGCGUGGUGGUGGCCGUCAUCGUGCUGUACCGGCGGCAGCACAAGAGCCGCUCCGAGCCCGGCCACGACCUGAUUGACCUCCCUCCAUCCCACAAACCUGCCCCUCCACCAAAGAGGAAACAGGACAUGAAAAGCCACCUGACUCCAGAAGACAUCCAGGUUGUUCACUUGGACAACAUGAAACACGAGGAGGAGAUCCAGAAGUUCCCUCUGCAGACUCCCUACUAUGACAUGGCAGCCCCUGAGCCCUCUCCCUACAGUGACAAACUGAACUUUGGAAAGUGUCACUCAGAGAUAUCGAAUGCGAGUGAUUACCUGACCCGCUGUUACUCACAUGAAGAUCGAUAUCUGGAGAAGAUCCCUCAUGUCUAUGCCCCCUUGUCAGACCUCCCACAAGAUCUCUAUCCUCACCACCCUGACAUCUCCUUCUGCUGCCCACCUCCUGGCUCCCGGGCUCCUUACAUCUGUCCUAAGGAACAGUAUGUUUAAAGUGUCAACACGGCAAAAAAAACCAAAAAAAAAAAAGGAAGAAACUCAUGGUUUUCACUCUCCUGCCUCUCAACAACCAAGGCUUCCAGCCUCCCUUCCCUCUGCCAUCGCUCAUUUUACUGAUUGGUUUUUAAAUCCGGGUGCAAUUGCCAUGAUUAGUUCCAAGUGUCUGCCUGGCUUUGCUAACGCUGAAGGGAACACUCUGCCUCCUCCCACCUCCUCUCCAGUACCUGCAUCUUUCUUUUCUCCUCCUGGCUCUGUGUGUGCAUGUGUCUGGCAGCUGCCCUGUGGUGGAUGGGAUGUGCCCAGCCCAGUCCAGUGUCCGUAGGUUUCCCCCUGUGUCAGUUCCUGCACUCCUUGCACCGGGUGUGGAUUAUUCACAGCCCUCGCUGCAGCUUCUGUGAGGUUUUACAGCACAGCCACUGCUCAGAUCUGAGGCUGUGCCUUUGGUUUUUUUGGUUUUUUUUCCCCCUCUGCUCCUUUUCCCCCUUGGAAGUGGGGAUAGCAAAUCCCCUUCUGUGCAGAGCUGAACAGCCAAGAAUGCUGAACCAAAUCAUAAGAUGCUUAUAAUGAAAGAUGCUCAAAACCAACCCAAAAAUAGAGAUCAGGACUUGGUUUAGGCGGUUUGUUUCUGUCCUUUUCCCUUCCUGCUCCCACUCUCAAUCUCUUGCAUUGACUCUUUUAAAGAGGACUAUUUUGGAGUCAACACAUUUGGAGAAAGCAUCCUUUAAAUUACAGGUCUGAUAACCUGAAACCCAAAGGAGAAAAUAAUUAUAAAGGAAAACAUUCUCUCUAAUUUUCCUUCCAAAGCCUAACGUGGCCCCCCACGAGCUUUUCCCCCCUCUCUUCCUCACAUCUGUUGAUUGGAAUUUUAAAAUUAACUCAGGCAGAAUAUGAAGAAUAAAUUAGAAUUUCAGGUAAUCUCCUUGCUCUUAAUGAAGGAUAAAAGCCAAUAGAGGAAUCUGGCCUUUUAACUUUUAUAAAAGCAUCUUAGUUUUGGGACUACACCUUUUUUUUGAUAUUGGAAUGUGUGUGGGUGUGUAAAUCCAAACCUGUACAUUCCUGUGACCACGAAGUAUUUUAGAGAAGGGAAUUAAUCUCCACAUCACAUUUGUGUUCACUUGUAUUAGAGAAAAAAAAAAAAAUAUCGAUAUACACUUCAAUGUAUAUAAAAGCAAAGAAGAGGAAGAGGAGGACAAGGAGUGAACAUCCUGCCUAAGAGCUUGGUUUCAGGGAUAACUUCCUUCUGUUUCACCCCUGGCAUGGAAGAGGGGACAGCUGGGAUGGUUCUGAACAAGGGGAUAAAUCUCUGUGGCCAGAGAUUUGCUCCUUUGCUUCGGCUCAGCUUGGGAAUUUGGCAUUUUGCAGACACUAAAACCCCUCUGGAAAACGUGGGGAUGCUUGAGCUGAGGGCACGUGGGAGGAGAGGUGGGCACCACACCUUUAUCCUGCUGCCAGGCACCCAAAACCUGUACAGGUGAGAAAUGAAACUGCCAGCAGGUGACAGCUCCUGCCAGGGGAGGUGUGACCACCCUGAUGUCCCCCUGAAAGGCACAAAACUCCCCCAGCUCUUCCCAGUGCAGGAGACAGGAUGGUGCUGUCACCAGGACAAGGUUUGUGGGGGGAAUUGUGCCCCUGGAGAGGGGUUUUCCUCACACUGAAUGGCAGCUGAGAGACCUGGGGCUGCCUGGCUGGCUGAGGAGUGGAUGAAGGGGAAUUUUUGCUGCAUUUUUUGGCCAAGCUGGAACGGGCAGCAGCAGCUCUGCCACGUGCUGGUGCAUGGAGCACCCUCAGUCCCAAAGGAUCAGGGCAGUAGCAGCAGGACACAGCCUUAGAGCACUCCACACAGCUUUUCAACCCCAUCCUGCCAGUCCUGACUGAUGCAAACCUUUCUGGAAUCAUUUGUACUCACUUUUCCUCUGCCAGCAUCCAGAGGAUUCAGCUGCUCAUUCCCUCACACCAAAGGACUCCAGUGCUCUGUGUCUCAAUUCAGAAAAUGCAUUUUUCUCUCUGGUUUUCUCCCCAACACACCUUGGGUACUUUCUGGUUACCACAGAGCUGGAAACUGGGUGUGCUCUGAACUGAAGGCACAGCCACCACAUUCACCUCACACUGAAUCUGCCAAAUCUGCCUUUGCUCCCUCUCUUUGGGAAGGUGAGGAGGUGCUGGAAGCCCCACUGGUCUCUGAUGUCCUGGAAUCAACCCAGCACCACUGACCAUGAGGAAAAAAGCAGGAAAAAUCCAUUGCAAACUUCCCUCCCUGCACGCUGGAAUAACAGAGUGCUGCCUGUUCUGUGGUUUGAUUUGGAGCCUUCACCUGACGUGGUUUCAGACAGAUCCAGGAAUUUAAAUGAGAAGUGGAAUAUGUUCAGGUCUUCAGAUACAAGAGGAAAGAAGCCAGACAAAAUGAUUGCUUGCCAGAGGAGGCAGAGAACACGUUGCAGGUGCUUUUCUCUGCUGCCCAUGUCUGGGAUGAAGAUGCUUUGAUGAGGAAGGGGGAGGCAGGGAUACAAACUGCAGCAUUACAGAAAAACUCUGCUUGCCUCGUGCAGCUUUGAACCUGAGCUGCCCACAGAAGUCUGCCACAAAGGGUUUUACUGGGCUUGCAGCAAAGCAAAAGGAUUUCAAUCCUCCUGGAACAGGUAAAAGGCAGGAGCAGCCUCAGCUCCAAGCAGCAGUUUGACUUAUGCACUGGUGUUUAACCCAGGAAUGUCUUGGCUCUCUCUGCCUCUCCUCAAGAGCUGGGCUGAUCUCAAAAAAAUGGCAAGAGGGACUCGCCACACACCACCAAAUUCCACCCUAGGAAAAGGGGGAAAACCCUGCAGGAAAACCCUGGAGCAAGAAACAGUGACUCCACUGUUCUGGUUUUACAAAUCUGUGCUUGGAAAUGGUUCUGACCCAGGGCUCUUGCUCCUCACUCCCCCUCCCUGCUGUCACACUGAGCUUGCCCAAUGGCUCUUCCCAAACCUCCCUGCACCUGCCAGGGGUUUAAUCCUCACUGUGCUCCAGGAUAAGGCUGCCCAUGCCUGGGGAGUGGCAGGUGCAGAAAUCAGGGCCAGGGGGAGGUGUUCUCCUGCUGAAUUGACUCCAAAGGCCCCUGCCCUGGAGGCUGAGCCAUCCAGCAGCACUGCUGGGCGUGGGCUGCUGAACGAGUCCAACUGGAAACUGGUGGAGUGGGAUCCCGAGGGCUGGCAGUCAUGGGAGGAGCUGUAUUGUAGGGUAGAGAGUCACUGAGGUUGAAAAGCCCUCCGAGGUGGAGCUGUUCUUCCUGCCAGCAGGGUGAAAUGUCACGGGUUCUGUUCCAUGUGUUGGUGGCACUGACACCAGAGCUCUUGCAGAUGGAAAA